AUGAGCAGCAUCAAUGCGGUGAUGUAUUUUAUGCUUAUUAUGACAUUCUUGGCAUUGUAUUGCGAUGCACGAGUAAAGGAAGAGUUCAGCCAAUCUGUUAAGAAACGUAAUUGUAUUCCUAUUGGUGAUCUUUGUAAUGAUGCUGCGGAUUGUUGUGGUAAUGAUGAUCCUCAUAUUCGUCAUUGUGUUUAUUGUCGUGCGAGUUGGCCUUUUGGUCGUCAAUGGCGUUGUAUCUGUAGUUCUGGUGGUGGUGUUACUACUACUGAAGAUGGUGCUAUUAAUAGCGAUCGUUGUGCUGGUUAUGAUCGUCGUCUCAAGCGUUGUAGUGUCAGUGUUGCUCGUCCUGGUACUUAUUGGGCUCGUGGCAAUCAUACUUUUCCCAAAAAAAAACAAUGA